UCAUGGUUAUUUUUUUUUUUUUAAAUAUGUGUGUGCUUUAAGAGUUUUAAUGUAUUUUUAUUUUGUGUGCUUUGUAUCGUGUGCGUUUAAGAUAUCUAAAUAAUAUGUGUUUGUAUCGUGUGUAUUUACAGUUUCCUAAUUUUAGUUGUUUUAAUAAUAAUAAGUUUCGUAUUUUUGAAAAUAAAAUUUGGUAAAUAUCUUACUUAAAAAAAAUAUGUUCUUAAUUUUGAUUGUUUUUAUUAAUAUAGCUUUUGGUAUUAUUUAAAAAUUAAGUUAAGUAUAAUAAUUCAAAAUAAAUAUUAUUAAAAAUUAUGUUAUUUUGGUUUUUAAAUUAAUUGUAAAAAGCAAAAAUAUGAAUUAAGAGUUGUGGGGUAGGGUGUUGAAUUUUUUAAAACAAAUCAUUGUAGAGGUAUAAAUUGAAGUGGACGUUAAAUAAAUGAGGUGGAAGAGAGAGAAAAUGACGUAGAGAGUUAAAAAGAGAAAAAAAAAGGUGUUGAACUUGGAGAGGGCGUUGAAACCACCGUGGAUGGUUAAAGUGCAUAUGUAAUAGUAAAGUCAAUUCAAACGUAAUGCAUGAGAAAGAAACAAAUAACUAAAUCAAAUAAGACAAUGAAUUAAAUAUAUCUCGUGGUACGGUGAAUUCUCUAAUCAACCAAACGGAAUAUGCGAAGGGCUUUAUUUGCUUACGACAAUACACUUCGUGUAAAAACAUUUAUUAAUUCAGUACAUGUAAAUACGCACGCAAUGCACACAUACACGCAUAUGCUUACGCACACAUAUAUUUUUGAUAUCCGUUUAGUGGCUAGCAGCCUAGAGCAUGUAAUAGUAAUUUCAUUUGUUUGAUUUAAUUGCAUUUUAAAUAUUUAAUACUUUUGUGUAUGCAUGGAAUUAUGCUAAAACCACUGCCGGUCUUUUACUAGGAUUCGAGUUCAAAAAUGUCAUCUAGAGACUAGGGUUAGUGUUGUAAAAUGUCGUCGGAAGGUUAGGGCUUCUGCUUUUGAUGUCGUCUAGUUUUUUUUUUCUUCUUUUUGGAAUUUCGAUGUUUUGGUUUACAACUGUAACUGUUAAAAGUUUUUUUUUUUGGUAAACAACUGUUAUAAGUUUGAUGCUUAAAUCCCUUAUUUUAAGACUUUCUAUUAUUUUGGGUCUUAAGAAACUAUUGUAAAACAAACUUUUCAUUUUCAUUAAUGAAUAUUUACAUUUUUAUCACAAAAUAACGUAAACCUUCGAGUGUGCGCAAUUGUUGUAUGUGAAUUGAAACUUCUUAUAACUUGUGACGGUAAAUUUUUUACGUACUUCGGUACUACCAAAUAUGAACAGAAUCUAGAAACUAACAUGAGCAGACGUUGCAAUGAAAUGGAUGGAUGUACGAAGGUGUCAACAUCAGUACGUACUUGUGCGAUGACGACUUAUAGCACAAAAUUAGAUACUGAUCAUAUAACUUUACAGUUAGGCCACUCUCCAUCUUUGUGCAUUUCCAAGUGGGAGAGUAUAAUACAUAUUAGCAGAAUACAUAUAUUAUAUAUUAAUUCAACACUUAAUUAUAUAUUAAUUCAACACUUAAAAUGAUUAAAAAAUGUUUGAAAAGUUAAAUAGUAAUACAUAUAACAUAUGAUAGUACCCCUAUGAUCUCUAUAUAUGUAACACCAUAAACUGCAUUGCUCAGCAAACAAAACCCAAACAUUUCUUGACCAAAUCAUUAAUUUGAUCGAGUCGUUGGGAUUAGUAACAUGGCGUCAAAGGUUGAAGCAGGGAAGCUAGAGUGGAGGAUAAGUGUUGACAAUGGGACAACCGAGAGAUUGGUUCCAGCAUAUGGACCUAGUAAAAGGAUCUUUCUUUGGCUAAAGGGUUUUGUAAUGAAGGUUAUCCUGGAGCAAAUCGCAAAGUCUAUGAGGAACAUUUGGAGGAUUGGGGCAGAUGAUCCAGCAAAAGCUGUUCACUGUUUGAAAGUAGGACUUGCACUUUCAUUGGUCUCAAUCUUCUAUUACAUGAGACCUUUGUAUGAUGGAGUUGGAGGAAAUGCUAUGUGGGCUAUCAUGACUGUUGUAGUCGUCUUUGAGUCCACUGUUGGAGCAACAUUCUCCAAAUGUGUGAACAGAGUGGUGGCAACUAUAUUAGCUGGAACACUAGGCAUUGCUGUUCAUUGGGUUGCAACUCAAUCAGGAAAAGCUGAGAUUUUUGUGACUGCAUGCUCUGUUUUCCUAUUUGCCUUCACAGCUACUUACUCGCGGUUUGUUCCAUCAUUCAAAUCCAGAUUCGACUAUGGAGCGAUGAUCUUUAUCCUCACAUUUAGCUUAGUCUCAGUAGGAGGUUACCGAGUAGAUAAGCUGUUUGAUAUGGCUCAGCAAAGAGCAUCAACUAUUGCAAUUGGAACAUCUAUCUGCAUUGUCAUUACUGUCUUCUUAUGUCCCAUAUGGGCAGGAUCUCAGCUUAACCGCCUUGUUCAAUGUAAUUUUGUCAAACUUGCCGACUCAUUAGACGGCUGUGUAGCAGAGUACUUCAAGAAGAAAGACGUCUCAACGAAUGAGAAUGAAGAUGAAGAAACUAACAAGAAGUUGCAAGGAUUCAAAUGUGUACUUAACUCUAAGGGAACAGAAGAAGCCAUGGCGAAUCUAGCUAGGUGGGAACCUGCACAUGGAAGCUUUAACUUCCGGCACCCAUGGCAACAAUAUGUAAAGAUAGGGGCUGCUAUGAGGAGAUGUGCUUACUGCCUUGAGAAUCUUAGUAUCUGCAUGAACUAUGAAACAGAGGCACCAGACCAGGUCAAGAAUCAUUUCGGAGAAGCUUGUAUGAGUCUGAGCUCAGCUUCUUCAAAAAUCUUGAGAGAGUUAGCGGAUAUGAUCAAGAACACGAGAAAAUCUUCGAAGAUGGAUUACCUGGUGUUUGAUAUGAACUCAGCAGUACAAGAGCUUCAAGAAACCUUAAAAAUUGUUCCCAUAGAAAUCAACAGACCUGAAGACGAUGUUAAAUCUGAAAAGGACAAGGAAGGAGACAGAACCAUGGCGAUGAGCCUACAUGAAAUCCUUCCAGUUGCCACUUUGGUUUCGUUGUUGAUCGAAAACGCAGCUAGGAUUCAAACAACCGUCGAAGCAGUGGAUGAACUGGCAAAUCUUGCAGAUUUCAAACAAGAUUCAAAGAAGAAAACAGGAGGCAACAACGCUUAACAAGCACCACUAAGUUCUUAAAUUACUUUCAUAUUACACAUUGAAAACUCUUAACAAACAUGAAGAUUUUAAACCUGAGUUUUCAUGUAUAUAUAAAAACCUAUUAGUAUAUGAUUUUGCUUUGUUCUGUAA